AUGAAGAUCAAAAGCUUUGGACUUCUUUGUGUGUUGAUUCUGGUCUCUCAGAUGCUACUGGGUAACUGCGAAAGACAGAAGGAAAGGAAAAGAGAAAGACAAGGUGUAGAAAAGCAUGGAAGAAGCCAAGCUGAAUCUAACCAACAGAAUGAAAAAGGGAAGAAGUCAAAAGGAGGAAAGGCAUCUCCUAAGGGCAAAUUUAAAACCAAAGAAAAUGCUGAGUGCACCUGGGCAGUGGCUGACAUCAGUGCUGCUACUCUGCGUGUAGAUUGCAAGAGUGGUGAAAGCAAGUUCUGGUGUGAAUUUUCAGGAGACCCUUCCACCUGUCCACAGUAUGCAGCAAACCAGAAAUCCUACUGGAAACAGGUUUCCCGCUCCCUAAAGAAGCAGAAGCAGAUCUGUCAAGACCCUAAAAGUGUCCUAAAAUCUAAAGUUUGUAGGAAAGGCCCACAAAGUGCUCAUCUCAGACUGACAAGCUCAAGCCUGCUAAUGUCAAUAGCUCCUGUGAAAGGGAUUGCAACUCAUCAUGCAAAGGAAGGUGACAAAGAGACUUUGACCUCUGCUUCUGAGACUAAAAAGCAACCGGAACAAAAUUCCAAAGACUGCGUUGAAGAUAUAGAUUAUAUUGAUCAGAAAAAGGUGGCUGAGGAAUACUGUCCAGAAAGCUUGCUCUCUUUCUGCAACUUUUUUAUCACAAUGAUACAGGACAAAAAAUGCUGA